AUGGAUAAACGACUUAGAUUCUGGGAUACAAGACAACCUCAGCCUAUUUUAAACUUGGAUUUGCCGGAAAGGAUCUAUUGUGCUGACGUCCAUUAUCCACUUGCCCUUGUCGGGACUGCAGGUCGGCAAAUAUUUGUGUAUAAUUUAGAAAAUGGUCCUACUCAAUUCAACCAAUUAGAGUCUCCUCUUAAAUUUCAGAGUCGUUGUAUAUCUAUAUUCAUGGACAAACAAAAACAAAAUCCUAGUGGCUUUGCUCUAGGGAGCAUUGAAGGGCGUGUCGCUAUACAGUAUUUAAAUCCAACUACGCCUAAAGAUAAUUUCACUUUUAAAUGUCAUCGUUCCAAUGCACCGGUCAACGGUUACCAUGAAAUUUUUGCAGUAAAUGAUAUGGCUUUCCAUCCGGUGCAUGGCACACUAGCCACAGUGGGGUCCGAUGGAUGUUAUUCAUUUUGGGAUAAAGACGCUAGAACUAAAUUACAUUCUUCGGAUUCUCCAGAUCAACCGCUCACCUGCUGUGUAUUUGAUCCUAAAGGCCAAGUGUUCUGUUAUGCAUCAGGUUAUGACUGGUCUAAAGGAUAUCAGUUCGCCGAUCCAUCUAAACCCAUCAAAAUAAUGAUGCGCUUAUGUAUGGAAGAAAUGACUCCUGGUAGAAAAUCAUAAUUUAAAAGAGAUUAGAUAAUGUAUUUGUUCUUCAUGUACAUUUUAAUAUAUUCAUGUAAACUCACUUGUCUGAAGAACGGAACACAUAUCAAUGUACAACUUCAAACUGUAUUUUUAUAAAAUGUUGACAAGUAUUUUUUACUGCAUCUUGUUCUUUUACCUUCGAG